GCAGAAGCACAUCUUUAAAAGCUGAAAACAGAUCUUUGUUUAGGAUUGAAGUUCCAGCAGGAAGAUGGCACCUGUCCUUCUACUCCGCUCUCAGUAUGCUGCACUGUUUCUCUUUAUGAUGGCUGGAUUUUUAGAAGGUGGGAAGGUGCUGGUGGUGCCUAUGGAUGGAAGCCACUGGCUCAGCAUGAGGCAGCUAGUGGAAAAUCUCAGCCAGAGAGGACACCAAGUGGUAGUUGUUAUGCCAGAAAUAAGUUGGCAAAUGGGAACAGCAUUGGGGUAUACCAUGCAAAUGUAUCCAGUAUCUUAUACAAAGGAAGAGCUAGAUGCUGCCUUACAGGAAUUUGUUGAUACUCGUUUAAUAGCACAACCUUUUCCAUUGAAUAUAAUAUCCAAAUAUAUAACUGGAGUAUCCUUUUUCAACUUGCUUUUUUCUCAUUGCAAGAGUUUGUUCAACAACAAGGAACUGUUGCAGUAUCUGAAACAGAGUGAUUUUGAUAUUCUCCUCACUGAUCCCAUAAGUGUGUGUGGAACAAUAGUUGCUAAUUAUUUUCCAGUCCCGUUUGUGCUUUUCAUGCGAGGAUUGCCAUGUAGUUUACACUACCAUGCAUCUCAGUGUCCAAAUCCCCUGUCUUAUAUUCCAAGACUUUUUACAGAGAACUCAGACUACAUGUCAUUUUCUCAGAAACUUAAAAAUGUAUGGGUUGACUUCUUAGAACUUUUUUACUGUGAUAGUUUCUAUUCAGAAGCUGUCAGCUUUGCCACUGAAAUUCUUCAAAGAAAGGUGACAGUGUUGGACCUUCUGAAUUCUGCAUCCAUUUUGCUACUGAGAUUUGACUUUGUGUUAGAGUAUCCCAGACCAGUGAUGCCCAACAUGGUCUUCAUUGGAGGCAUAAGCUGUGCUGGAAGAAAAGCACUAUCUGAGGUAUGUUUUGUUUUUCUUUCUCCCCACAUUAAACAUUGAAAUAUGAAAUCCUUA